ACUUGUCAUAACAAAAGUGAUGCCAUGUGUACAUUUUUUACACCAUAUGUGCGAAAAAGUAAACAACAGCUUUUCUCGUGUAGCAGUGUCGAAGAGUUUUGUUCACUUUUAGGGCAAAAUAAUCAUUAAUCUCUUCCGAAAAUGUACGGCAAAGAGUUCCGUGUGAUUCUGCUUGCCGCUGGCUCGGGGUCAAGGAUGAGAGACAUCACAAACAACAAGCCGAAAUGCUUGUUGCCUGUCGGAAAUUGUCCUUUGAUUUGGUUUCCAUUGUCCCUGCUUGAAAGAGAAGGCUUUCAAGAGGUGACGAUUAUUACUUUGGACGUGCAGCAUGCUGAAGUGAAGAAGGCCAUUGAAAAGUUAGGCCUCAGGCUUGAGUGCAAGUAUUACACCAUACGCGAAUCUGAUGAUUUAGGAACAGCGGAUGCUUUAAAAAAAGUCGCAAUCCCUGGAGAGUGGAAAGAAGAUGUUAUUGUGCUUGGUUGUGACUUUGUCACUGACCAAUCCCUUAGUGAAAUCAUCAAUUUGCACCGAACGACUGGAUCCGGAGUAACAUCCUUUUUCUUUCCCUCGAUUUCUGAUUCGGCGCCCGUGCCAGGCCCCAAGUCAAAGAACAGAACAGAUCGUGACUUGGUUGUACUUGACAAACAUAAGAGACUGUUGAUGUUAACCUCGGCCAUGGAUCACGACGAUUCAAUGAAUGUUAGAAUGAGAUUGUUGAGGAAAUUUGGAAGCAUUGAAAUCAAAAGCCGCUUGACAGAUGGACACUUUUUCAUCAUUAAUAAUAGAGUUUGGAACUUCAUUAUCAGUGAAGAAAAUUCUGACAUGUCCUUGAAGGGAGAAGUACUUCCCUACAUAAUCAAGCAGCAAAUGUCUCGGCUCAACAAAGUCAAUGAGUGUCAAGAGGGUGUGCUCAUGAGAUUGGAUGCUGACACCAAUGAAAACGACGAGACUGAAGAAACGCACAAAUUCUUCAAGCACUUUGUUGUUGAUGAACUUCAGAAUAAAAUUGAUCUUUGCACUGGCUAUCACGAUCAUCCGAACUCCAUUUUUGGACCUUAUCUAAAAGAUCGCCUGCGCUGCUUUGCAUACAUUGCUCCAACAGGGAGCAGCUUCAAAGUGAACAACCUUGUUUCUUAUUGUGAGAUAAAUAGGCAGAUUUUGAGCACAGAAAACUGGGAACGGCUGGCAAGGGGAAGGCCACUGGUCCGUGUCGACUCUUCUUGCACCAGUAGAACAAAAAGGAUUGAAUCGUCAUUGAUUGGUGCCAACUGUAGCAUUGGUGAAGGCUCAAAAAUCGAGCGGAGUUCCAUAGGCAGUUCUUGCACUAUUGAACAGAAUGUGACGAUCAGUGGUUCAGUGUUGAUGGAUGGUGUAACUAUUAAGGAAGGCACCGUUUUGACUGAUUGCCUAAUUUGCGACCGAGCUGUCGUUGGAACUGGAUGCCAACUCAAGUCUUGCCUGGUGGAUGCAAAAUUUGCUGUUGCAGAAAAAGUGGAGAGCUCUUUCAAAGUUCUCUCUGGAGUCUUGAUGAGUACUGACGAAUGAAGAUCUAGAGUGGACUGCUUUUUUGAAAGCAAAGCUACAAUUAUUUAUAAUAAAAUAAAUUUAAAGUCUAUUGCGGCAA